AUGGCGGACAACGUCGCCUUCGAUGACGAGGAGGAAUGGAGGCGAGAGAGAUUAGUUCUCUCCCGCCGAGGUGCAAACGGCGGCUAUCGAGACUUUUGCUACGGGAUGGCUUGUCAGUGGUACCUCUUUUGUGAAGCGGAUUUUUCCCCAAGAUUGAGCGAUAGCACCGGGGUGGCCUCUGGCAAAGAGAACUGCGACGCUCUUGUCGGGAUUUACUUGGAAACUCCAUAA